AUGUUUAGUAAACUAUCAUUGAAUAACAUAACUGAUUCAAUCAGUAAUGCCGCACAGCGUACUCAGGAACAAUUUUCCUCUGCCAUUGAAAAGAUCCACUUGGAUGAUCCUGAAACACGUUUGUCCAUUUUGAAGCGUAGACACCAACUACAAGAAACUUUGGGAACAGUGCAUGAUAUCAGUCAACUACCAAUUCAGUAUAAGUUUUUGGAACAAAAAAGUGAUGCCUUAGAAAAGAUUUGUAAGAGAUUGUUAUUGGUAACCAAAACUUUUGAAGUAGAAGGAUAUGAUUACCCACCCAAUUUAACAGAGUCAUUUAACGAUUGGUGGAGUGGGAAUAAGGAUUCCAUUUUCUCUUUCAGUAAGAAAAAGGCGGAAGUUUCCCCUGAAGUGAAGGAAACUGCAGAGAAUGGGUUAUUGCCAAGAUCAUUUGCCCAGGCCUUGUCAAAAGCUGCUACUGAUUCUGCUCUGAUUCUGAAACAAUUGAAGGCAGAAGAAACAAGAACAAACCAAGAAGAGUCUCAAGAAGGUGCUGAUCAAAAACCAGCUGAGGAAACUAAGGCAGAACCAGAACUAGAAGCAGAAGCAGAUGAAGAUGAAGACGAAGAUGAAGACGUAGAUAAUUUGAUCAAAGCAUUCGAAUCAUGGACCAAAUGUCAACUAUCAAUUGAUCAAAGCAAGGCUGAAAUGGAUAGUUUGAUGGUUAAAGAGUUCAACGCCAAACUAUCUAAACUUAUUGAAACUGAUUUCAAGAAAGGUCACGAAUUGCGCGCUAAGGUUCAAGAUGCAAGAUUGAACUUUGAUACUUUACGUCAUGAAAUUAAAUUGAAGCUGCAGGAAAAAGAGGUUGUAGCAUCCUCUGAGGAAGCUGAAAAAAAGGUCGCAACUGAAACCCCUGAAACCCCCGAAAAGAAAACCAAUGAGGAACCAGUUGAUAUGGCAAAGACAGAAGAAGAUCCUGAUUCUAAGCUUUUCGAACGAUUAGAAGAUCAGUUCGUGUCUGCAACCUCAGAAACUGUGGAAUUCUUGGGAGAACUUACAGAUAGUUCUGAGAUCAUUUCUUUGGUUAAGUUGUUCCAUAAUUUCCAAUUGAUCCAUUACAAGCAAUGUGUCAAGAGCUUAGAAGAAGAUCUAGAAGUCCUUAACUCACUAGAUUCUGAAGACAAAUGA